AUGUGUAAGGUGAUCUUUCUUCUUUAUGCAACAACGUUUUGUGUGAUUCUGCUAGUGAAUAGCGUUGUGACAAUCGAUUGCGAUGGCGAAACUUCAUCUAUAGAGGAGAAACUUCAGCGGAAACUGUUAUGCUCAGAUUAUGACAAAACACAACGUCCCGUUAAAAAUCAUCAAACUGCAGUGAAUGUCUCGAUGUCGAUAUACGUGAAAGAGAUCUAUGUGAUUGAAAGAGAACCAUCCCUGGUUUUAUCCAUUUGGAUGACGCUCAGUUGGCAGGACGAGUUUCUCACCUGGGACAGAGCGGAAUAUGGUAUGGAGAUGGUGAACAUUGACUCUAGUGAAUUGUGGCGUCCCACUAUCGAGUCAACAAGAAACAAAAAAGCUGACGCCCGCGAUGGAUCAUGCAAUGAGCAUAAAUGUGAAGUGAAACAUAAUGGCAGUGUUUCAUGCCUUUCACCAUGCACCUAUGAGGCUCACUGUACCAGUACCAAAGUAGACUGGCCGUUCGAUGUAUUGGCAUGUACAAUGUAUUUCAGUAGCUGGCUGGAAUAUUCGACUCAGCUGAACCUCACUGCGGAAUCAAACGUAUCGAGAGAAUACAUUAAAGAAGAUAUAAGUUGGAACAUUCUAUCUGCCAAAACAAUGUCGCAUAUUGAUACACUUAAUGAAAGCUUUCCAAUGAUUGAAUUCACAACUACUUUAGAAAGGCACAUGGGCAUUUAUUCUGCCAUCAUGACACCUGGAUUUAUGAUAGUAGCAGUAAGUGUAGCAGUUCUAUGGAUUGACACUACCAGCUCUGACAGGCUGCAUAUUCUUUCGGCAACUUGUUUGGGCCACUACAUCUACCUGGAGUACAUAUACUGGCAUAUGGAAUACAACAACAAAGAUGUUCCCAAAAUAUUGCUGUUCUUCCGCGACUCGCUGCUUAUCAACGUGGUGAUGUUAAUUUUCACCAUCGUGUUGAGGCAUACUGCACCAAGAAAGAACAUCUCAGAGCGAUGGAUGGACAGGCUAGCACUAAGGGCAGCUUCUACUACUAUGGGACGCAUAUUGUUACAAGCUGAUACCGUGAUCGACCCAAAAGGAUCACGGCCAUUGGAGGAAAGCCAAACGGAACGGGAACACAACCGACACGCGGAAAACGGUACAAACGGUGAUACAAUCAAUCUAGUAGUUGAUGGAUAUGACCGCAAUAAUGCACCUAAUGCAAUAAUUGUGAGCACUGAACAACACCGAGCCGAUUUAGGGAUCAUCUUCAUGGACCGGAUAAUGCUAUUUUGCUGUACGAUUUGUUAUGCUUUUAUGCUUUUCAAUUUGAUACCGAAAAAAAUGUUAUAG